GAGGACAUGGAUCACAAUUAUUACACUUCAAGGACAUACGGCCCAUUUGAUUCUACCAGUCGAGAUUUGUGGGUAAACAUUGAUAAAAUGGAAAAAGAUAAGGUGAAGAUCCAUGGAAUCCUCUCCAAUACCCACCGACAAGCAGCAAGAGUGAAUCUGUCCUUCGAUUUUCCAUUUUAUGGCCAUUUCCUACGUGAAAUUACAGUGGCAACUGGGGGGUUUAUCUACACAGGAGAAGUUGUGCAUCAGAUGUUAACAGCAACACAGUAUAUUGCACCCUUGAUGGCCAAUUUUGACCCCAGUGUAUCAAGAAACUCAACUGUAAGGUAUUUUGAUAAUGGCACUGCACUAGUUGUUCAAUGGGAUCACGUACAUCUACAAGAUAACUACAAUCUGGGCAGUUUCACUUUUCAGGCAACUCUUCUCAAUGAUGGCCGUAUAAUUUUUGGCUAUAAAGAGAUUCCUGUCUCAGUGACCCAGAUAAGCUCAACUAAUCAUCCUGUUAAAGUGGGGCUGUCAGAUGCAUUCGUGGUUGUUCACAGGAUCCAGCAAAUUCCCAAUGUUCGUAGAAGAACAAUAUAUGAAUAUCACAGAGUGGAACUUCAGAUGUCAAAGGUCACCAAUCUGUCAGCUGUUGAGAUGAUUCCUCUGCCCACUUGUAUUCAGUUUAAUAGCUGUGAACCCUGUAUCAUGUCUCAGAUUGGCUUCAACUGCAGCUGGUGCAAUAAACUCCAAAGGUGUUCGAGUGGAUUUGAUCGUCAUCGUCAAGACUGGGUAGAUAGUGGCUGCCCUGAAGAGUCUAAAGAUAAGAUUUGUGAGAAGAACAUAGACACAACUCAAACUCCUCUUCAUAUCACCACUGCUGUACAGCAAACUACAAGGAGAUUCAGAGUUUUAACAACUACCAAAGGAGCUAUGACAUCACAUCUGCCAACUAGUUUACCCACAGAAGAUGAUACCAAGAUAGCUCUACACCUAAAAGAUAAUGGAGCCUCCACAGACGACAGUGCAGCAGAAAAGAAAAGCUCCACUCUUCACACUGGCUUAAUUGUUGGGAUUUUCAUACUGGUUCUGAUAGUAGCUGCAGCAAUCCUUGUGAUUGUGUAUAUGUAUCACCACCCCACCUCAGCAGCCAGUCUCUUCUUCAUUGAGCGUCGCCCAAGCAGAUGGCCUGCAAUGAAAUUUCGGAGAGGGUCUGGACACCCCUCGUAUGCUGAAGUGGAACCAGUUGGUGAGAAGGAAGGCUUCAUUGUAUCAGAGCAGUGCUAGGAUUAUUCUGUGACAAAUCACCAGUACUGGCCUACUGGUGUGAGAUGUUUACUCUGCCUCUCACUUAAAAAAAGGAACUUGAAGCUGCUGUAACCCGAGGAAAACAGGAUGGAUUUCUGGAGAAACCUUCUCAAAGGGCGAAAAAACUAUAUGAUGACCCUUUACAGAGUGUUUUGUUUCAGAGCCAUUUGGCAUACAAUAUUUCAGAAACAUGCCUCCGAAACACCUACAGUCUGAGAAUAUUGGACACAUUUGCCAUGUUCUUGGUUUCAAGAAAAAAAUACAGAGUUAUCCAGCAAAUGUACCAAAAGCUUUAGUUCAGAACAGUGCUUCCCUAGUUGAUGCAGUUUUUGUUUUUAACUUACAAGGGGUUAUUUUUCAUGCCCAGAAGCAAUUCCAUAAUUGAUUAAUCUGCUGGUGAGAUCAAUCUGAUGCAAAUAACAUAGGUUAGCCAUUUUCUGUACUUCCAUGAGUACUAUCACUUUGAUUUUCCAAUACAUAGAUAUAAAAUAUAAUCAGAAAUAGAAAAGUGUUUCUUGUAUUCUGUAGGCUUAUACCUCUGAACUGUAAUUGCUCAAUCACAACUAUAGUUCUAUAGUUGACAAAGCACUAGAGAGAUUUGGGGUUUACAAAAAAACAAGAAGAAGCAAGAAUGUUUUUCACUAUGGUGAAAUUAGGCUGUCCAAGUGGAAUCGAUAGUGAAAUUGGACUAAUAUUCAGUUUCAAUAUUCACAGGAGGGAGAUUGGGGUGCAUGGGUAUGCAUCACUUAGUUAGGAAUAAAUCCCGUUGAGCUCACUGGGACUUAUUGCUGAAUAAGCGCACACAGGGCAUCCAGGUAAGGAGGUAAGAAAAAUCAAGAUGGCGGCUACACCACAGGCACAAUGCUUGUAAAAAGAGGUGGAGCACACAGUUACGGCUGCCAUCUUGACUUUUGGGAAUCCCCCUGUAGAUGCCCCUGGCACAUAGGAUUGGACUUCUGGCUUUGGGGAUCUUGUUUAUACUCCGGAAAAGUGAUUUAAAACAGAAGUGUGAGUGACUGAUUGAUGCUGGAAAAAGAACAGCCUUGGAACACAGGAAACGGAGAAAAUACAGUAUCCCCACCUCUAAGUUUUGCCAUUUUGUCACAGUUGUCUUGAGAGCAGCAUUAUUGCACCAACGCACUUCUUCCCUAGACAAACAUGAAACAUUACAGAUUCAUGUAGAGAUAUUGUUUAAUGCCAGUGUUGUCCAAACUUGGCCACUU